UGAAAAUAUAUGUGUAACGUACAUAGAGGAUAUAUAUGCAUGUGGUGUAUUGAAAUUUAUCAUGACAUGUAUAAUAUUAGUUUGAGUUAAAGAAACAUAUACAAAACGAGACCUAAAUGGAAGGAUAUACGAAGCCCCUAUUGGCAAUAGGCGAUCAUACAUUUCCCAAUGCAUCCCUUUCAGAUCAAAAAGCACACCAAACAGAAAUUGACAGAGGUGAGGCCACCACCUUCUUGUCUACUAGUGCGGUGAAUGAGAUGUAUCAGGAUGCCUAAUAUGAACAGAGGUGGGGCCUCUAUUGAUAAAGCACACAAUUAAUAGCACCCAAAUUGAUGUUUAGGCAUCCAAAAGCAUCGGUGCCUUCAAAGCGAGGUUCGUGAAUAGGGAGUAUUUAUCCUUUAAUUGAAUCAUUGAGCUGUAGUGCAGUAAGGUUGAAUGAACUAUGAUUCAGUGUUGAAAGGGGUGAUAGCUGAUUGAGUACUCAUCUGAAUUUAAAUUUAAAUUUGACUAACUAAUUCUAAUCUUCAAUCCAAACCUGACUCGUUCAAAACUCACGUAAAUUAAGUGUUGCAUGGAACUCUUUUUUUUUUUUUGGCUAUGAAAUUAGACGGCAAAAUUCACCGACAUAUUAGGUUUACAUGAAAUAUGCUCAAGUAGAUAAAAAAAAUGCGUGUCCAUAUCAAGAGUACGUACGGGCAGUACAGCCAACGUUUUACGGAGUAAAUAUAAUUCUCGAAUAUUUUAAUCAUGUUAGUUUAAAAUAAUUUCACUCAUGACAUCCCCGAACUAUAGAUAUCCGCUUUCGUUCAGAUACACCUCCCCACUAAAGUAGAGUGCAGGCCAUCUCUCUCUCUCUCUCUCUCUUUCUCUCUCUCUUAAUGAGGUCCGGAGGCGAAUUUAACACAAGCGGUGGCGCCUCCGCCGCCAAGUCGCCGUCCCCCGCCUCGUCGGGCCCGCCGCACUCGUCGUGGCAGUCGCCUGUUCCCUACCUCUUCUGCGCGCUGGCGGUGAUGCUGGGUCUCAUCGGCUUCGCCUUCCUCAUCCUCGCCUGCUCCUACUGGAAGCUCGCCAGCUACCUCGAAUCCGGCAACGACCGCGGCGCCCGUGACCGCGAAGUGGACGGUCCAGCAAGCGGUGGCGACGCUGCCAAGCCCCCGCCGCUCUGCGAGGAGAGCGUCGUCGUCAUCAUGGCCGGCGACUGCAAGCCCACCUUCCUCGCGACCCCGGUCGCCAGCCGCGCCGCUACCUCCUCGGACGAAGGCGACGACACCCGCGAAGCCGCGACGGAAUGGAAGAACAAAGACAGCACCCAACGCCAAGGCGUCGGAAAUAGCAGCGAGGAGCAAGGCGUAAACCAACAGUAAAAGUCUUCCUUUUGUUCCUUCCUUGGAUUGAUCUGUAAGUAACUUUGGUUCUUCAGAUUCAGAGAUUUUGAGCUGCAAAUGCAAAUUCUUGAGCUGAAUUGAAGAAAUUGCAAUGGGGUUAGAGCUGCCUACAGAUCAAAUUAUAGCUAAAACCUGGACGUCACUACUUGCUAUGGUUGAAAGAAGAAGGGGAUGGAUGAUGGCUGCCAUCGUAAGCUAUCGAAUCAAACAUCGACAAAAGUGUAUUAUGGCAACCAGCUCGGUCAUCAUUUAUGCCAACCUUUAGAAGACUUACGCGUGUACUCGCCAAACUGGCAACACAUUCAAUGUUGUUGUUGAUACUGAUAAAUCAAUCUUUUCCUUUCAUCUAUUCCCCCCAUCAUCUACAGAAGUAUUCUCGUUUAUAUCAUGUGUUGAUCACUAAU